AUGUUUGAAGAGGUUAUCCCUUCUAUAGUUUGUCGUGAGGCUAGAAUUUUGGGAAGAGUUGAACUGUCGGAUGGCUGUAUAAUACAUCCAACCGCAUUAAUAGAUGGAGGAAAAGGAGGUAUUAGGUUUGGGAUAUCAAAUGUUGUAGAAGAAAGGGUGAACAUAAUAAAUGAUAAAGAUAGGGAACUAAUAAUAGGCGAUCAUAACUGGUUUAAAGUGGGUAGUUUUAUAGAAAAUCCUCUACAAAUAGGUAAUUAUAAUAUUUUUGAAAUUCGAAGUCACAUAGGUGAAGGAAGUAAGAUAGGAAAUUACUGUUACAUAUCAGCAACUGCAACUUUACCAAAAAAUACUUUGCUUGAAGAUAGUAAUGGAGUGUCAAAUAUUGAUAAUACUUUAAUAAUUACUCCAUUAACUACAAUAAAUAAAGUAAGCAUAGAUGAUCAUGUUAAGUUUCUAGGAAAUAUUUUGUAUGGAAGCUCAAUGGAGCAGAAAAAAAAUUAA